AUGCUUCCGUUUCGUGCCCAAGUCGUGCGUCGUGGGGUCCUCCAGACCCGCGCAAUUGAGUGGUCGACCAUGUCGCAGAAACUGUCGGACCCGCGUGCGCGCGCGGCUCUCGAUAGUCUCCGGGACGUCCACGGCCAGAUCGCAGCUGAAGCUCGCGUGUACCUGAAAGAGCCGGAAGCCAUUGACUUUGACUACUACCGCUCGGUGAUCAAGAACAAGGAGCUCGUGGACGCCAUGGAGAGCAAUUACAAGACCAUUGCGUUCCCCACGAUCACGCCGGAAGAGCUGGACGUGGCUGCCAAGUCGUCUGAGCUGCCGGAAGAGCUCCGUCUGAACGAGCAGGAGACGGUGGACCAACUCUUUUCGCAGCUGAACGAAAAGGUGGCGGACUCGAAAGCGCGCGUUGAAGAGCUCAAGGAACUCAUUGGACUGAUGGAAGAGACGCGCACGACGUUGGCGACGUCGAUGGACGAGGUUACGGCCAUGUACCCGGAAGUCGAAGAAGAGAUUGACGACGAGAUUGCCAAUCUCGAGUGGGAGAAGGACACGCAGUAG